AUGAACCUAGAAGAGAAAGCAAGCACAGAGGUUCCAUCAUCUGAGCAUCUCUGCUAUGUCCGUUGCAACUUCUGCAACACUGUUCUUGCGGUCGGGAUUCCAUGCAAGAGGCUGCUGGACACUGUGACUGUCAAAUGUGGUCAUUGCAAUAAUCUCUCCUUUCUCAGCACCAGACCUCCCAACCAAGGGCAAUGUCUUGAUCAGUACCACCGACUGAGUCUACAGGGAGUUUCUAGUAAUGAAAAGUUCUUAUUCAAGGAGAAGCAAGGGUUUUGCACUGAUAUCAGAAAGGGCGAAUCCUCAUCCUCCUCGACCUCUAGCGAACAACCGGUGCCCACAGCACCCUUCGUAGUAAAGCCGCCUGAGAAGAAACACCGACUUCCAUCUGCUUACAAUAGGUUUAUGAAGGAGGAGAUAAAGCGCAUCAAAGCAGCCGAUCCUGAGAUACCACACAGAGAAGCUUUUAGCACAGCAGCUAAAAAUUGGGCUAGGGCUAGGUACCUUCCAAAGUCGGGUGCUGGUUCUGGGAGCCCUAAUAUUUAA